AUGGAAGAAUCAAGACAAACUGAUGCUCGUCCAGAAGCUACCCAACCAGUCAACAACCAUGACGUCAAUCUCCCAGCUAUCCUUUCCCUAAGCACAAUUGUAUCGCUAGUCCGGCUUUUCCAGCCAUUCAUGCUAGAAUUGCAGAGCUCACAAAACUACUAUCGCCUUGUGAGUUUCGUCUGGUGGACUCUGCUUUUUUGUUGUGCUGGAUACCUUUUGGGCAGAACCUACGGCUGUGUUUCUGUUUGCAAGGCUGGUUCUUUCUUGGUUGCCCUUGCGUCUAUAUACGAUUCACUUGAAGCUCCAUACGCCCACCUUAUCAGCCCGGUUUUGAUCCAAAUGGGAACAUCUCUUUCGUUUACGACGUCAUUCCAUAGCUUUUUGUUAUUCAAACCGAGACGUUUUGGUGACUUAUUCGCUUCUGGUUUGAUAGCCGUGGGUUUGCUUUUGAGCUUUGGUGCCGCACGGUACUCCCAUGUGCCCUGGGUGAUCUCUCUUCAGGGUACUUGUUUUGCCAUUUGUGCAAUUGCUGUGCCUCAAGUUGUUCCAGACGCUCGUGAGGAAGUGACUGUCGGUAAGAAGGAGGAUUAA